GCAAAUUUGCACAGAACCCAGAAGUAAAAAAACCAAAGGCACUAGCUUAACUUAAUUCACUAGUCACAAACCAUGGUUCAAUUUCACCAUAUUUGUUUCCUCUCCUUGCUCGUAACACUAGCAGCAGGCUUCCUUCCUGGCACCCAUGCAGUCGACUACAUCGUCACAAAUACCGCCAGAGGAACCCCCGGCGGAAUCCGCUUCAACAAUGAAAUCGGAGCAGAGUACAGCAGGCAAACCCUAAUAGCCGCCACCAACUUCAUAUGGAGCUUGUUCCAGCAAAAAACAACCGACGACAGAAAGAGUGUCUCCAAGGUCACCCUAAUCGUUGAAAACAUCACCGGGGUCGCGUACACCAUCAACAACGAGAUCCACGUCAGCGCCAGCUACAUAGCUGGUUACUCCGGCGAUGUGAAGAGUGAGAUCACCGGUGUGCUUUACCAUGAGUCAACGCACGUCUGGCAAUGGAAUGGGAACCCUCGAGCCCCGGGGGGGCUGAUUGAGGGUAUAGCUGAUUACGUGAGGUUGAAGGCCGGGUACGCGCCAAGUCACUGGGUUAAGCCCGGGCAGGGGGAUAGAUGGGACCAGGGGUACGAUGUCACUGCUAGGUUUCUGGACUAUUUGAAUAGUCUGAAAAAUGGGUUUGUUGCUGAAAUGAAUAAGAAACUGAGGAGUGGUUAUAGUGCUGAUUAUUUUGUUGAUUUGCUGGGGAAGAACGUUGAUCAGCUUUGGAGAGAGUACAAGGCCAAGUAUGCAGGAAACUAAAUUGUAGUGCUUCUGUAGCCAAUAAUUUAGAGGGAAUUUUUGCUCACCACCAUUUAGUAUGGUGUAUGAAUUUUGAGGUUUGUGACUAUCCACUACACGAAUCUCGAAAUUUAAACUCAUCUAACUGUGAUAAAUAGGGUGGUGUGCAUACACCACAUUAAAUGGUAGUGAGUAAAAAUACUCCCAAUAGUUUAAGGAAAGAGAUCCUCUCUAGAUCUAUACAUCGGCAGCCCAGGGAUCAAAUGAUCUUGGCUUUUAAACUUU